AUGGAGAGAGUGGGAGCUAGGCUAGGGCGGUCCUCAACUCGAUACGGUCCCGUCACCGUUUUCACCGGUCCCGUCCAAAAGUGGAAGAAGAAGUGGGUACACGUAACGCCGUCCAGUUCCAAUCAAACGGAAGCCAAUGGAAGAGUUAAUGGCGUUAAUAGCUCUUCACAUCUCUUGCUGUACAAAUGGACACCGAUCACUCCCAACCAAAACAAAGAGAAUAAUGAACAAGCGAACGAGUCCUCAGAUCAAUUCGAGGAUGAAGCUAAGCCAAUUGAAACUGAGAUAAAUACAGUGGAGACAACCUCCAAGAGUCAUGGGCAUGAUGAAAAGCCUGAUAUCAAUGAUAUACCGAUGGAUGAUACUCGAGCCCCAGAGGAAAAUCCCGUAGAACGUGGAGUCCUGAAUGAAACCCCAUUGGACUUGAGUUUAGGCUUGAAGGCUAGUGAUGUUGAAAAUGAAUCCAACUCAAAAACAGUUUGA